AUGUGCGACUUCUCCGAAUACGGCGGCAAAUCGGCGGAAUGGCUCGCAAUCGAAGCAAGCCUCUCUUCUCCUCCUGUUUUCGCCGAUAUCUACGAGCAACAGAAGGUAGUCAACCAAGGCCGUGAGGAGAUCUCCGCCAGGGACAUGAAGCACCUAGCUUCAUUAGUUAAACUAACAGAUCAUGACAUCCUGGCAAGAGAUGGGACUGUUCUACAGGCACGCAGCUAUAGACCAGUAGAUGCCGAUGCAAACGCACGUCUUCCUGUUUACAUCCACCUUCACGGAGGGGGCUAUUUAUUCGGUUCUUUAUCGUCAGAAGAUGCGAUAUCUACGCGGAUUGCCCUCGGUACAGGCGCGAUAGUGUUCAAUGUCAACUACCGUCACACACCUGAUGCAGUAUAUCCCACAGCCUGGAACGACGUUGAGGAUGCUUUCUACUGGGUACACAACCACAUAGAUGAGCUUCUUGGUAAUCCUGAUCAGGUCCUGGUAGGGGGUAUCUCUGCAGGUGCACAACUUGCGGCUUCUUUAGCUCUGAAACAAAAUGUGUCUUCUCCUGACAUACUUCCGAGUCCCAAGAUCGCUGGACAGAUCCUCAUGAUCCCCGCAUUGGUUCAAUCGGAACAUUAUCAGUCUCAACUCGAACAGCUCAAAGACCCCUCGUUGUCUUCUUACAUUGAGAACGAACAUGCUCCUAUCCUUUCCAAGAAGAUGAUCGAGUUUUUCACUGGACUACUCAAGUUUCCGCUCUCGGCUUCUGAGGAUGCCGAUCUCCGAUUGAACACUGGGAAUGCCACAGUCUCCCAAGUAAAGGGCUUGCCACCUACGGUAUUGGGUAUUUGUGGACUCGAUCCGUUGAGAGAUGAAGGGUUGCUUUACGGAAAGAAAUUGGCUGAGGCAGGGGUCCCAACGGAUAUCCACGUGUUCAAGGGCUUGCCCCAUGGCUUUCGCCGCUAUGGGGAGCAGAUAAGUGAGUCAAAGCGAUGGGAUAAGGUCAUGGAAGAGGGAAUCAAAUGGGCAAUCUCGAACCCCGAGCCUUCUAUGGAAUUCGAAGUUAAAACGUCCUAG